UGGUGUGAGAAGUGCGUGAAGUGGGUCGAGACUUGACACGAAAUCUGAGAUUUGGCUUGAUCCGCGCUCCAGUUUUAAGGAUGCAACGCUACAGCUGGCGAACAAGAAAUAUUUUCCACCAUGUCUUUAUAGGCAGCUUGUAAAAUCUAUGAGGACAAUCCAGGAGGCGGACAGGAUCUGCACCGUUGUUCCGUCUGCACGGUAACUUCGGACAGAGGCAGGGUUCUCCUGCUAGCUGACACACCAGCUAACUCCAGAUCUUGUCUCUUUUCCUCCUGAUGCUGAGAGGUUUGUGGUCCCACAUCUGCCUCAACCACAGCUGACUUACUGUGAAGAUCCUCUGUGCUCCGGCUUCCUGAUCAAGGCCAUAAUAUUCUCAGAAAGUGCAGCCUGAGAUAAAUCAAGAUGUCCAUCACCAACACGCCCACCAGCAAUGACGCCUGCCUGAGCAUUGUGCACAGCCUGAUGUGUCACAGACAGGGUGGUGAGAGUGAGACAUUUGCCAAGCGGGCCAUAGAGAGCCUGGUGAAAAAGCUGAAGGAGAAAAAAGACGAGCUUGAUUCUCUCAUCACAGCUAUCACCACCAAUGGGGCCCAUCCCAGCAAGUGUGUGACCAUACAGAGGACACUCGAUGGACGGCUGCAGGUGGCUGGACGUAAAGGGUUCCCUCAUGUAAUCUAUGCCCGCCUGUGGCGAUGGCCUGACCUGCAUAAGAAUGAACUAAAGCACGUCAAAUACUGCCAGUUUGCCUUCGACCUCAAGUGUGACAAUGUGUGUGUUAACCCUUAUCACUAUGAGAGAGUGGUGUCUCCUGGCAUAGAUUUAUCAGGACUGACGCUGACCAGUUCUGGACCCAGUUCUGCGCUGAUGGUGAAGGAUGAGUAUGAUUUCGAUGGACCACAGAGUCUUCCAUCCAUCGAGGGAGGACACUCCAUCCAGACCAUCCAGCACCCCCCAUCUGCUGCCCGCCCGGCCCCCUCUGAAUCAUUUGCAACCCCAAACCUGCUCCCACCUGCUGAGGCCUCCACCUCUGCUUCAACAUCAUCCUUCCCCGCCAUUGCUGCUGGAUCAGGCAGUGCCAGCUCAACCUGGUCCAGGAACAGCAGCUUCACCCCAAACAUACCCCACCACACCAACGGUCAUCUACAGCACCACCCUCCUAUGCCACAUCCGACGCACUACUGGCCGGUGCAUAACGAGCUCGCCUUUCAGCCUCCUAUAUCCAAUCAUCCAGCUCCUGACUACUGGUGCUCCAUCGCCUAUUUUGAGAUGGACGUUCAAGUCGGGGAGACAUUUAAAGUGCCCUCUUCUUGUCCCAUUGUUACAGUCGACGGCUAUGUCGACCCCUCAGGAGGAGACCGGUUCUGCUUGGGCCAGCUCAGCAACGUACAUCGCACUGAGGCUAUUGAGAGAGCAAGGCUUCACAUUGGGAAAGGGGUCCAGCUGGAGUGUAAGGGUGAGGGAGACGUGUGGGUGCGAUGCCUCAGUGACCACGCAGUGUUCGUUCAGAGUUACUACCUGGACCGAGAGGCGGGCCGAGCCCCUGGAGACGCAGUUCACAAAAUCUACCCCAGCGCUUACAUUAAGGUGUUUGACCUCCGUCAGUGCCACAGACAGAUGCAACAGCAGGCUGCUACGGCUCAAGCAGCAGCUGCAGCUCAGGCAGCCGCUGUGGCCGGAAAUAUACCUGGACCUGGAUCAGUUGGGGGGAUUGCUCCAGCUAUAAGUUUGUCAGCGGCAGCUGGUAUUGGAGUAGACGACCUCCGGCGGCUGUGUAUUCUCAGAAUGAGUUUUGUUAAAGGGUGGGGGCCUGACUACCCCCGCCAGAGCAUCAAGGAGACCCCCUGCUGGAUCGAGAUCCACCUGCACAGAGCUCUACAGUUACUGGAUGAGGUCCUGCACACUAUGCCUAUAGCAGACCCACAACCUCUGGACUGAGAUCUGCAACUGCGACAUACAGUGGCAGCAGAAAGUCUUCCUCAUUGAACUGUUUUGGUUGGAGACGCCAGUGAAGCACUGAAGCUGUCCCACAUGAAAAAAUACCUUUAGGUGUUUGAGGCACCUUUGUGCACUGUGGCCCCUACUUUUGCUUUUUUAAGUGAAAGUGACACAAAAAUCAACCAAAGCCAUAUAUUAAAGAUAUAUUUAUCUAUAUUUUUGAUAGAUGGCUUUGAUAUUCAAUGACUGGAAUGAUGAACUGUAGGACAAGAAAAGAGGUCAAAGAUAACUACAGUUAAAAAGCACCACAACGUGCACAUAGUUGACCUGCACAUCCCAAAAAACUGGAAUGCACAGUGACUGCUCAGAGUCUGCAACCACCAACUACUGACAGACAUUAGAUUUAUUGAACACUCAAAGAGCAUCUGGGUGCUGUGCAGCUGUGGGAUGAGCUAUAUCCAGUGUCUUGGCACCAGAGUACUGCUGGUUUUCUAUUAUGUCAGUUUCUGUUACAGUUGAGUCAGCUGUCAGGCUGAAUAGAGAAGCAGCAGCGCUCAGAGGAUCACCCCUCGACAUCACACUGCUUCUCAGAUACUACGCAGGGCUGAGGACCACCCAGCCUGGAUCAGGUCAUACAAGACAUUUACAACCGCUCACUAAUAUCAGAGAGAAUGAAUGCACCAUGCCUAAAGCUGACUCUACACCACUGAACUGAAACAAGGUCAAGUCUGUGGACUCUUCUAGGUCAGGUAUUGUCAAAUUAUGGGUUUGGACCUUCAGAAAGUGACUGUGAUCCUGGUUGGUGUCCAAUGACAAAUCUUUUUUCCCCUCCCUCUCAAUUAAAGGGAUGGUCCCCCCCCCAAAAAAA